CAAAGGCACCCUUCGUCGACGUCACUUUGAAUGAAAAAGAAGCGCUCAGCGUGGUCCAGGCACUGGGGAGGCAUGCGGGACGGGCUUUCAAGCAGCACUUGUUAAGGGCUGUGAAGAGACGAGGACUUCAGAAAUCGGUUGGGACGGGACGAAGUUGUGGCUGUGUAGUUUUUUUUUUUGUUUCAUUAUGGCUGACCAUCUUUUGCAUUACAAUGAUUCCGCUGGGGUUGGGAACCGAUUCGCCCGCCAAGGUGCUUUGCGGCAGAAAAAUGUGCAUGAAGUGAAAAACCAUAAAUUUAUUGCGAGGUUUUUCAAGCAGCCGACGUUUUGCAGCCAUUGUACAGACUUCAUAUGGGGAUUUGGAAAACAAGGAUUUCAAUGCCAAGUGUGCUGUUUUGUGGUUCACAAACGCUGCCACGAGUUUGUCACCUUCUCCUGUCCUGGAGCCGACAAGGGUCCUGACACAGAUGACCCCAGAAGCAAGCACAAGUUCAAGAUCCACUCGUACGGCAGUCCGACCUUCUGUGACCACUGUGGUUCGCUACUGUAUGGCCUCAUCCACCAAGGGAUGAAAUGUGACACCUGCGACAUGAAUGUGCACAAGCAGUGUGUUGUCAACGUGCCAAGCCUGUGUGGGACAGACCACACAGAGCGUCGGGGUCGCCUCUUCCUCAAGAUUGAGGUCAGCGGUGACAGACUACAUAUCACAGUGGGUGAAGCCAGGAACCUGAUUCCUAUGGAUCCAAACGGUUUAUCAGACCCAUAUGUUAAACUCAAGCUCAUCCCAGAUCCAAAGAACGAGACCAAACAGAAGACAAGGACCAUCCGUUCAUCUCUGAACCCCUGCUGGAAUGAGUCCUUCACCUUUAAGCUGAAAGCAUCAGACAAGGACCGCCGUCUGUCCAUUGAGAUAUGGGACUGGGACCGGACCACCAGGAACGAUUUCAUGGGCUCCAUGUCAUUUGGAGUGUCUGAGCUGAUCAAGACUCCUACGUGUGGAUGGUACAAGUUGUUGAACCAGGAGGAGGGAGAGUACUACAACGUUCCCAUCCCAGAGGUGGACGACGUCGACCUGGAGCUGCGGCAGAAGUUUGAGGCCUGCCAGUUAAAUAUCCACUAUCUAAAGAAAGCCAAGAUGGGCCAUGGUAAAAAAGUGAUCACGCCAUCAGACCACCGGCGGGUCAGCCUGCCUUCAGGUAACAUGGACCGGGGCCGACUCAGUGACUUCAACUUCCUGGCCUUGCUGGGAAAGGGCAGCUUUGGCAAGGUAAUGUUGGCAGAGAUGAAGUCAACAGAGGAGCUAUACGCCAUCAAGAUCCUCAAAAAAGACGUGGUGAUGCAGGAUGAUGACGUUGAAUGUACGAUGGUGGAGAAGAGGGUCUUGGCCCAGAGAGACAAACCGUCCUUCCUCACACAGCUCCACUCUUGCUUCCAGACUGUGGAUCGGCUUUACUUUGUGAUGGAGUACAUUAACGGAGGAGAUCUCAUGUAUCAUAUCCAGCGUAUGGGCAAGUUUAAGGAGCCACAGGCAGUGUUUUAUGCUGCAGAGAUUGCUGUUGGUUUGUUUUUCUUGCACCGAAAGGGAAUAAUCUACAGGGAUCUGAAGCUCGACAACGUGAUGCUGGACUCUGAGGGCCACAUCAAGAUAGCUGACUUUGGCAUGUGUAAGGAAAAUAUGUAUGAAGGCAUGACCACACGCACCUUCUGCGGGACCCCGGACUACAUCGCACCAGAGAUUAUAGCAUACCAACCCUAUGGGAAAUCAGUGGACUGGUGGGCUUAUGGAGUUCUACUGUACGAGAUGCUGGCCGGACAGCCACCGUUCGAUGGAGAGGAUGAGGAUGAGCUCUUCCAGUCUAUCAUGGAGCAUAAUGUGUCUUACCCGAAGUCUUUGUCGAAAGAAGCUGUGUCUAUCUGCAAGGGACUGAUGACCAAGCACCCAUCAAAGCGCCUCGGCUGUGGCCCAGAGGGCGAGAGGGACAUCAGAGAGCAGGCCUUCUUCAGACGCAUUGACUGGGACCGGCUGGCCAACAAAGAGAUCCAGCCGCCAUUUAAACCCAAAGUGUGUGGCAAAGGAGCAGAAAACUUCGACAAGUUUUUCACGCGUACCCAGCCCGUGCUGACCCCUCCCGACCAGCUGGUCAUCGCCAACAUCGACCAGAGCGAGUUUGCCGGCUUCUCCUGCAUCAACCCUCAGUUCAUCCACCCAUCCCUGCAAAGUGUGGUAUGAGGAGAAAACAGUACAGAAUCACAGACUGUCACUGACUACAGGAGCUUUCCAAACUCUGACCAACAUCCUGCUGUCAAAAGACUCAUGUCAUCCUCUACAGUGUUCUGUCUUCUAGUUAUCAAUAUCAGUGCAAUCUGAAAGGAGAGGAAAGAGUUCAUGACUGAUAUUUUUGCAGAAUUUCCCCAAACAUCUCAUUACUUUCUUUAUUCUGAAUCUAUAUCUGUGUUUCUUCAGACCUGCAGCCUUUUUCUUGUGCAUGAAUGCGUCCCAGUAUGAGUUACUAUCUCAUUAGGUAUUAAAGAUGCAAGAUCCUUCUCAUCCCACUCAUGUUCCUCGUCUUACUACGCAACAAGCUGCAAUGCACGACAAGAACGGAACAUCAUUUUCUGUUCUGUCCUGGCUCUGUCUACUUCUGAACUGCUACACUUGUAUAUUUAUAUUUAUAUAUUCAAGGAGAAAAGAGGUAGUAUACUGUUACAUGAGUGCCAAAGUAGAAGUGGAAGAAAACAUUUCUAUUGCAGUUCUUAAAGUCCUUGUAAUGUUUUUCCCCCUUUGGCCUUCCCAGCGGUGUCAACACAAUAAAACCCCGUUUAUAUCUGUUGUUUUGUAGGUCGUGGAAUUACAGUAUAUCCAACAAUAGAAACAGAAGCACAUCAUGCUUGUCCAGGCCUUUUUGAUGCAGUGAAUGUUGCCUAUGAAGAGUGAAUGCAGGAUAUAGGGUCAGAAAACUGUGGAUCAAAGUUUUAAAGUAUAAAGAUGCUAUUUCCAUAUGCACAAAGCAGAUCUCUGUUGCAUGCUUAUUUUCUGACUCUGUAUGAGCAGUAGACUCUAGGAUGCUGUGCACAUCUGGUAUCAUUGUAAAGUUUAGCAUUAUGGUAUAAACUAUGUUAAUAUAUAAUUGUUGUAUGUUUUGAAAAGUCUUAGUCUGGAGAAAAGUUUCUAAUUGUUAAGAAAAAAUGGUUUUGUUCCUGUUUAUGUUCUCCUCAACUUUUAUGUCUAACCCUUUUUAGUAUGUUAGCCUUUUUUUUGUAAAGAUGUUUCAAAAAGAGAAGUUACUUGCAGAUUUUAUACUACAAACUGAAUGUGCUUUUACUACCAUAGAUGGUUUGAACAUUUCUAUGUUUAGAUUACCCCUAAGAAGAGAUAUAUGUUUGGCUGAAUCUUUGGUAGCUUUGGUAUCAGCAAAACUUGUUAUAUGUAUUUCCACAAUUUAUCCAUUGUUUUAUACUACUCAGUGCAUAGAGAAUAUGCGGGACCUUCUGUGCACGAAACAGUUGAAUGCCCUCUUGCCUUGGUCGUCUCAGGACUGACUUCUUCUGUAACAAACUGAAUUCAGAACCAAGUUAAAGGUACAAGAGUUUCAGAGCCCUUGGUGGCUGAAAUAUGUUGAUUCUUUAUAUAUCGUGUGCAUGCGUGAGGCGAGGCCCGAUCUAAGCAUGAGAAAGACCCCUGCAUGUUACAGAGAUCCCCAUUGUGGAGCAUGGAGUCUCCCCACUUUGUUGCAACACAAUGAGACAAACCAGUCCAAAUGAGCAUCGUGUGUUUUCCUGCGCGUCGUCUUUUCUCACUUGCUGUCAUGUAGCCCAGCCUGUUUGGUUAAAAGACUGAGUUAUUAACAGACAAAUGUGUAAAUGGCUUUUUGUUUCAUGGUGCCAAAACUGAGUCUCUUUAUUUUCAGUCAGAUGUGUCCAGUGUUUUGUUUUGGUGUUUGUUUGUUUUUUUGUUUGUUUGUUGUUGUUUUUUUGAGAGGUUACGACUGAGGCACAAAGCUACAAUAGUUCUUAUUUUGUAUAACUGCCAAAGUUAGGAACACCAUCUACUACAGUUUAACCCCUGAAUGAGUUAUUUAACAUGUAGACUGAUGUUCCCGCUGCAACAUCUGGACCAAAAUGACACGUUUAAAGGUAAGAGAAAACUGAAUGCUUACAGUACAUGUCUCAUAUUGAGAAUCUGUAUCAAAGAGAAUAAAAAAAUACCGUCUGACCCAUGAGAUAAUCAAACGUUAGGCCAGAAAGGGUACAGUAUCACUACAGGCU